GGAGCUUCUAGGAUGGCGGCGUCCGCGGCGCUGAUCCUGCGGGAGAGCCCCAGCAUGAAAAAAGCAGUGUCCCUGAUAAAUGAAAUAGAUAUAGGAAGAUUUCCACGACUGCUCACCCGAAUUCUUCAAAAACUUCACCUGAAGGCUGAAAGUAGUUUCAGUGAAGAAGAGGAAGAAAAACUUCAAGUUGCAUUUUCUCUAGAGAAGCAAGAUCUUCACCUAGUUCUUGAAACAAUAUCAUUCAUUUUAGAACAGGCGGUGUAUCACAACGUGAAGCCAGCUGCUUUGCAGCAGCAGUUAGAGAGCAUUCAUCUUGGACAAGACAAAGCAGAAGCUUUUGCCAGUGCUUGGUCUUCUAUGGGUCAAGAAAUGAUUGAAAAAUUCAGGCAGAGGAUUCUUGCUCCCCACAAGCUCGAGACGGUCGGAUGGCAGCUUAACCUUCAGAUGGCUCACUCUGCCGAAGCAAAACUAAAAUCUCCUCAAGCUGUGUUACAGCUGGGAGUGAGCAAUGAAGAUUCGAAGAGCCUGCAGAAAGUUCUUGUGGAAUUCAGUCACAAGGAAUUGUUUGAUUUCUAUAACAAGCUAGAAACCAUACAAGCACAGCUGGAUUCCCUUACAUGAUGGUCUUGAAGACUGGUUUCUCUAUCACACUUCUGCCACCUCCUUAUUUUGCUUUGAAGAUUAACUGCCAGGUUGUGUUUUCUGAAGGAUUCAGUCGCUUUCUGCUUGUAAAUUAUAUGGCUUAUUGCUUCUUAGACAAAUAACAGCCGAGGAAAAUCACUGUUAUGAGUACUGAUGUUCUAAUAUACAUUCUCUGGUUCUGCGUGCCACAAGCAAGCAGUUGUUUAAGAACGUUGUUUUAAAGGAAACAAAAGUGGCUAUCAUGUGGUUUUUACUGCUUAUUUUUGCUUUAUUGCCUGACCUGUUUAUUUUUUAUAUACUUGAUGAUACUUGGGUGUUUUAAGGAGGAUCUGUGGAUACAAUAUAAUGUGUACCUUAGAACACAGAAUGUCAUUAAUUACAUUAAUAAACAUAAGACAGUAGCCACAUUCAAUUAAAUACAUUAUGGCAUUUUUUCCUUUAAUAUAAUGAGUAUAUUUUGAAAUUUUAAAGAAAGCUAGUACUAGUUUAUAAGUCAACUCUAAUGAGUAUCUCUGUGUGCUUAAUUUUUUUCUCUGAGCUUAAUGAUUUAAUAACAGUUUACAUUUUUGUGUGCUUUUCUUUGUACUGCAAAUUAAUAAUAAUUCAUAGCAUGGGAGACAGGUUCAGAUCAUGAAUAAAAAUAAUUGUAAUGAGUGCUAAAUGAAUAUCCUUAAAUUUUUAAAACAUUUUUAUAUUCUCUUUCUGUAAAUACAUUAAUUCAUUUCAAUCAAUGAGAUUUUUAUGUCUUAGAAUUAGUUGAACUAAAGUGCACAGUAUUUUAUGCUAUGGCUAUAUAUAUACAUAUGAGUAUAGUUGGCAGCAGAAAAUAAUCACUUGAAGUUUUUAUGAAUGAAAAGUCUGUACUGUAUUUUUUCUGGGGAGACAGGCAGACAGCAAGGGAGGGAGGAAAGAGGGAAAACGGGAGAGAGAGGUAUGAGGUAUCUGAGUAAUACAAAUGUUAAAUGUCU